UCGUUUUACCUGGGGUUCACUACGUGUGAAGAAAUUAAACUUGGACUUUUGAAACUAAAAUAAUCAACUUUACAAGCUUAAAUAGGCACUGUGUUUUAUCUGAGUCCUGGAAGAAGCUUACCGUUCUCCCAAGAGCUUUCUUUUCUUCCCUCUUCAACAGAGGAAAGCCGUUAGGUUAGGAGCGAACAGUAGGGGUGGGCUGGUCAAGAUUUGUCAGUCACGUGACUGGAAGCCAUGUUUGGUAGAAAGUUUGGUGGCCGCUUCCAAGAUGGCGGAUAUACGAUUCCAUAUAGAAAACAAUGAUGGCCCAGAAGAGGAAGACCAAGAAGAUGAGGGGUACGAGAUGGAUCAGGACGAGUCUUCACUGCAAAGUUAUGCAUCUGCUGAAGAACCUCUGAGCCCCAUCAUCAGGAUGGAGAGAUUUAUGCUGAGCGACAUCAUUGUUAAUCGGCAAAUGGCUGCUAGAUGUUGUCAGGACGCUCUUAGGGCGAGUAAGACCAAAGAAGAAGUUUACCAUGUAUUAAGACUCAUGGUUCGCCUUUCGGACGACAUCGAACCAUCUGUUAGAGUUGAGCUUAUGGAACAGGUUCCCCAUGUAGCAGUGUACUGUUAUGAACAUCAUUCGAUGAUGGAAGCUGUGCCGCAAUAUAUUUUAUUUAUUGUACUCCGAUUUUUAACCGAUUCCAAUAAUCAGGUUCGUAAAACAAGUCAAGCUGCCCUGUUAGUUCUGUUGGAACAGGAAGUUGUUGAAAGAGAGGAUGUUGAAGACCAGGUGUGUCCUGUCUUGCUCCAGCUAACAGCAGGAGAGAGUAAUGAUGACUACAGAUCUGAAGCAGUUGCAUUAAUGAGUAAGAUGGCUCCGCUUGUUGGACGUGAUAUCACAGAGCGGUACUUUUUACCGAGGUUUGAGGUUCUGUGCUCUGAUCCUUUGUUUCACGUCAGAAAGGUCUGUGCUUCCAACUUUGGUGAGAUGUGCAGUGUUCUUGGACCUGAAUUAACAAGUGAAAGAAUGCUUCCAGUUUUCUUCAAGUUGUGUCAAGAUGGAGUGUGGGGUGUGCGAAAGGCUUGUGCUGAAUGUUUUAUGAGUGUGUCCACGGCAAGUCCUACUAUGAUGAGAAAGAAUGAGCUGUCUCAGUGUUUUGUCAGCUUGUUGUGUGACAAGUCAAGAUGGGUUCAGAUGGCUGCCUACCAAAGCCUUGGUCCUUUCAUUUCCACUUUUGCAGACCCAGCAGAGAGUGGUUUUUAUAUAAAUGAGGAAGGGAUUUUGUGUGCACUGCCUCAGAGAGAACUGGAAACUCCUUCAUCCCCAAUACAAACAGAGGCAGAAGCAUCGGCAAGUCAAAUCACAACUGAAGAUUCUACUUCUGAAGAUGCUUCUCAUGAAGAAAACAGGCAGACUGAACGACAGCCCUCACCUGAGGCUCGUACCACAGACUCUGGUUACAUUUCACCACCGGAGAUCAUAUCAAAUGAACCAGAUGUACAAAAGCAGUCACAAGAAAGCAAAAGCAGACAUGUUCUUGAUCAUGCAUGUUCAAAAGAGUCAGGAAAUUGCCAUAAGUACAUGACUACGGAUCUUGACGAGGUUGAUGAUAAGUACUUUGAUUCAUUUCUGUAUUGGAGGACGCCUUUACCUCAAGUUGAACUAGACGCAGAAGAUCUUGCAAGUGUUGAAAAAGUUAAAACUACAAGUAAUAAGUUGGAAUUAACACCCAAAUCAAGUGCAUUAGGUGAAGGAGAAACAAGUAGAUCCUCAGAUAUACAUCGCCAUAGCGAUGCUAUACCUCAACAUCAUCACCAUCAUCACCAUCCAAAGCUAUCGUUUAUGCACGGUGAUGAUGAUAGUGACGAGGAAGAUGGCAUUCCUCUGUAUUCUCUUACUGAUGAAUUUCAUUCUCAUGUGGAUGGUAUUGGUCGUUUUGAUUAUGAUGACUACAGGAAGUUUAAUUUAGCUCAUACGUCUUCAUUUGACGAGGAUCUUCUCAUUGCAGAUCACAUAACAGCCCCUCCUGUGCAGAAUGUCAUUCCUCAAACCCUACUUGACCACUAUAUCUCAAUGACGGAACCUGCUAAAGCACAGACCAUUGACACUGAAAUUGUACGGCAUUGUGCCUUCAGUUUACCUGCCGUGACUUUAACAUUAGGUCGUAAAAACUGGCCCUGUUUGAGAGACACAUAUGAACUGCUUAUUGCUGAUAUGCAGUGGAAAGUUCGCAGAACAUUAGCAUUCUCUAUACAUGAACUUGCAUUAGUUCUUGGAAGUGAAAUUACAAGAAUUGAAUUGGUACCAACUUUUAAUAGCUUUCUUAAAGACCUAGAUGAGGUGAGAAUAGGAGUUUUGAAGCAUUUAGCAGAUUUCAUCAAGCUUCUUCCAUGUGAUAUAAGAGGUGACUACCUUCCCAUGUUAACAGACUUCCUAACAACAGACAAUAAUAGGAAUUGGAGGUUCCGUUUUGAGCUGGCGGAACAGCUGAUGGCACUCUGUGAGCUUUAUGAACCCAAGCAAGUUCUUCUGUUUAUCUGUCCUAUUGCCAUUUCACUUGCAACUGACAGAGUGGCUGAUGUCAGAACAAUAGCAUUUAAACUGAUUGGCGUUUUACUGCAAAGGCUUCACAGCUGUCCUGAAGAGGGACCAGCACAUAAAUAUGUCUGUGAUAUCAUCAAUAAGUUUGCUCACAGUCCACAGUGGACCAGGCGACAAGCGUAUGCACAGCUCUGCCAAAAUCUAUUGGAAGAGAAUGUUGAAUCUGGAGAACAGUUUAGCAAAGAGUUUUUACCAAGCCUGUUAUUUCUUCUCUCUGAUCCUGUUCCAAAUGUGAGACUUAGUCUAGCCAGGACUUUGUCACAAGGUGUCUUAUUAUCAGAUUACUUUAAAGAAACAGAUAGUGAAGGAAAAGAUGCUGUUCACUCUGCUAUACAAAGGCUUCAACGGGACCCAGACAGGGACGUUCGGUACUUUGCAGGUGUUGAGGAAGAUGCAUUAGAUUUAACAUAUGAAGGCCAUGUCACGUCUUUACAUACAGCACAGGACCACUAUCAAGAUAUGAGCUAUGACCCAGAGGAAGAUUUAGAACUUGACAAUCAAACACCAGGUGAUGGAGAGAACAGAGUGGAAGACUUAAAUGAAACAUGUGGUGAUAACCUAGAGAGUAGAACUGAAACAACUGAACAACUAGAUGAUUUUGAUCAGACUGUCACAGAAGAGGUGUCAUCCAUUGGCGCUCUUGUUGAUACAGAUUUGGAAAGUACAACACAAGAAUUUGAAGAAAAUGAAAGGAGGGUAGAUUUAGAAUCUCAAGGCGACAGUGAUCAAGAACAGAUAGGUGGUGAGAAUUCUGAUGAUGGAGCAAGAUCUACUGAGGAAACAGAACAACAAGAAAAUGAGGAACUACCAGAAUCAUCUGACCCACUGCAAGAAUUAGUGUGGCAGAACUCUUGAGUUUCUCUCCAAUUAACAAGUGGCUUCCCAACUUAAUCAAAUGUACAUUUUCUAAGAUAUUCAGCUGGCAUAGCAACCAAAUUCCUGUACAUGAGUGCAUCUCAGAAUUAAUUUAAUGCCCCGGGUUGCUUUGUUUUAAAUGGGGUCUGUGAACUUUAUAUCGCUGAGUAGCAAGCAAUUGAGUGGUUCCCAGGGAGUUAUUUUAAUUAAACUAAUUAUUAGACUAGGUGUUAAAUAAUUUAUAAAAAUGGUAGCAGUUAAUUGUGGAAAGCAUAUAUGAGACCAUUUUUGUGAGAAAUUUGAAGUUGUAUUGUACAGUUGGAUUUCAUUGUGUAUAUUUCAUUUUGAUUGUGUUGUCAUUAAAUUAGGAGUUCAGUGCUGUGUAAAACCUAUUGCAUGCACAUUCUGCUAUCAGAAAUUUUAUAAUGUUGAUUUGAUACUGACAUCUUUAAUUUAAGUAUAUUUUGAACAUGAUACAUACUAUGACUGUAUAUGUAGAGUUUCUGAACUGAGUUUGGAUUUUGAUUUAUUCAAGAGUUUCUUUAAAACUAACUAAAAAAUAUUAUUGUACUGUUUUUAAUGGGAAUAAUCUAUUUUCUGGGAAAUAUCAGUGGAAAUGAACUAAAACAGUCUAUAUUCUUUUAAUACAAACAGAAUAGUUAUAGGGCAAUCCUUUUUGUGACAAUCUGACCAAGGAAUACAACUGCAAACUCAAUCAACAGAAGCAUGAUUUUUUUUCUUUUAUUUUAAAGUGGCAAGGAAUUUUAGCACAGUGACUAAGUUUGUUUCAUUCCAACAGAAAGUGGAUGUUAAGAGAAAAACUGUGUUCAAGCCAAUGAUUAGGGGGUGUGAUAAAUUACAUGAGACACAUAUUAUUAGUUUUUGGCACUUAAGGGAUGACUGCAAUGCACCAAUUAAAUGUAGAUCACACAUCAACAACGUCAUUUAAAUCUGUACCUUUGUCUAUUUACUCUCCAUUUACAGUGUGACUGUGACCUUAUGUGUUGACAGGCACAAUGAGGAUUACCAAGUUACAGUGUGACUUCUGCAACCAACGACACCUGACAAAAUUCUUAUUAAACAUUAUUGUGAAAAGCUGUUGGUCAAUUUGCAAAGAAUUUGCCUGGAUGGCUUUGGUUGGAGUUGCCUCGCUGUAAGUUAUCAUUCCUCACUGGGGAUGUACACGCACAAGGCUCUUGUCACCUUGGUGAUAAUCAAAUAUCUGUCACGCAGAGUAACUAUUCUUGACUCCUUAUCUAUCAUCUGGCUUUUAGAUUUAUUGCGAUCAUGCAUCAAAAGUUAUUACUAUAAAUUUGAACUUCAAGAGUAUUUUCUUUAUACUUGUCAACAGUAUGCUCACUAUAUUUACAAUUUGUAUAAUUUUCAGACGUACUUUCUACUCUAGUAUAUUAAUUAUUUUUGGAAUGAAUAGUUAGUGUUCAUGUCUCUGAAACAAGGAACUCAACAAAAUGUUCAUACUUCUCAAACCAUAUUUCAAUGUUUACACCCAUUAAUAUCAGAUUCUUUUUGUUAGUCUAAUUUGCCAACAGUCACAAGCUUCCUGUUUGGCACAUACAGUAAAUGACAUCAACUGUCAUGAGACUGAUCUGCAAUACAAAGGAACACUAUAAUUCCAGCUGCUGAAUAUGUAAUAUUAUGACCAAAUUUAUUUGGUUCUUAUUGUUUGCCAAUUUGUAUACAUUGUGUUAAUAAUGAGUACAUGUGGUUGAAUAAAAAUUUCCAGAAAUUAUAA